UUAACCUGUUAACCGGUUAAGCCAGUUGUGACUCAACAAGUUACUUUAAAAUAAAACAAGAUAAAAAAUUAACAGCGACAUGUCCCUUCUCCACAAGCUCAAGGCUUUUCAGAUCUGUUUCUUGCUCUCUGUUUGACUCCUCCUCAUCUAUGUCGGGAGUUCUUGUUAUCAUAUUUGUCUUAAUCAUCUCUAUCCUUAUCCUGAGAUAUAUUGGCUUCUUUCUAUUUUUCGCGAACUUUGUCGUCUCUGUCACGAUCUGGUUCCACUGUCUCUGUCGCGAGAUUUGGUGGCCGUUUCUGGUUCCGUUUUGUUUGUUGCGAGCUCUGAUUGUCGCCGAUAUGUGGUCGAUCUAAAUCGUUUUCUAAAUCAGGGUUCAUUUGCUAAGUUUGAUGACAGAUUGAGUUGAGUAAACUUGCAGGUUUUUCCCAAAUCAAUUGCUAAAUUGUUUGAGUUGCUUCAAUUUUCUAAAUUUGGGUUUUCAAAUAUGGUGUUGUGAUUUGGCAGUUUCUUUGCUAUAUUCUCAUAUAUGAUAUUUGUAUCAGAUUAUCUUAAAAAAAUUGUGUGUACGACGGUGACGGUGGGAAUUUAUUUGCAAGAACACAAUUGUGAGAAGUGGGAGCUUUUUUUAUUUUUUUGUUAAAAAGAAAUUGAAACAAUUGAAACCGGUAGCCAAGUAAAAGAACAAUAUCUUGGGAUGACGUGGCUUCAUAUAAUAGGGUGUGUUUAAAAGAGUGUGUUAGAAGGUAUGACCCUAGCACUACUCAACUUUACAAAUAUGCCCUCAAUUUGAAACUUGAAAGUACCUUACCUUAAUACCUUGGUCGUGUUUGGACUCUCAGUUUCAGUCUCACUACUCACAGCCGCCGUAGCAGCUUCGUCUCCCAUCACGUUGAGUUCUCAACGAUGGUUACUGACGGAACCAAAAAGCCUAAAGUUUCAGCAGUGCCACCUCGCAAAAUCAAUGUGCAGAAGUUUGCAGAAUCCCGUGCCCCUGAGCUUUUGAGCCUUCAGUCUAUAGUUGAAAAUAGAUUAAGCAAUGAUUAUAAGUCUCAAAGGAACAAGAGAAGAAGAACAACAUCAUUUAAUGACCAAAUUGCAAGAAAGGGGCACAGAAGAAAGAGGCAAAAACUGGGUAGAGUUGAUAAAGUCAAUGCUGAAUCAGUUUUGAAUAAGGACCAUAAAAUGAAGCUUUCUCGACAUGUUCGUCGAAGAUAUGAACUUAAGAGUAACCCUGAGAAUGGCUUUUGCACUUCUGGGGAUGGAACCAAGAGGCUGAGAACACAUGUUUGGCAUGCAAAGCGAUUUUCCAUGACCAAGCUGUGGGGUUACCACCUUCCUCUCGGUCUUCAAGGAAGAGGGAAAGGUUCGCGGGCAUUGUUGAGAAAGCUCAAACAAGGGGUGCUGGUACACGAUGCAAGCUAUAACUCUGCUGUUCAAUUGGAGGGUCCAGAGGAUGUGUUAGUUUCAGUAUUAAGAAUGGUACUCAUGCCCUCUCCUAUAGAAGCAACACAUCCCAGAAAUCAUGGUGACUCCGUUAUUUCUGGUUUAACCUAUGGAACUGCAAUGCUUCAUCAAGUUGGAGCACCAGUUUCUCGGGCAAUUGCUCCUGUAACUUAUAUGUGGCGACCAACUUUCCAAGAAAGUAUCACAGACAUAGGUGUCAGUGAUGGAAAAGUUAUCCCUGACGUUGAUUUAUGCGAAAAACCAGAAAGCUUGGAGUGUAGUAGUUCUUCUAGACACCUUUGGGUGUGGAUACAUGCUUCUGCCUUUGAAGAAGGAUACGAUAAUCUAAAACUGGCCUGCCAGAAAGAGAUGGAAAAGAGAGGCAUCUCAAUCAAAUGUUCUUCGCUUGAGGGUCAACUUGCCAAAUUGGAAUUAAUGGGACCAAAGACAUUUCAACUUCUUCAGAAGAUAUUGCAUCCUGUUAGAAGUAUUUCAGAAAAUCAUUGGCAGUUAAAGAAACAUGUGACUAUAGAAGAAAACCACGUUUCUCAGGAUAUGAAAUCUUCCAUACUGAAAAAUGAGGAGCAUUUUUCUUCGUCUGCAAUGUUAUCUCUUAAUGUUAAGGAUCCUCGGGAUUUACCUGCGAAAAAGACUGUUGUUUCGACAGAGCCAAUUUCACCUAAGGUUUUAAGUGAUGCACAAGAAACUAAUUGCGAAGAGCUUGCUGAUUUGGGAGGAAUGUUGGAAAAGAAUAAUGACUUGACUUCUUUAUCUGAUGUUGAUGAUCUAUGGUAUGCUAAUACCAGAGGCUUUAAGCCUCCAGUGGAAGACAGUGUUCUUUCUAUGGAGAAGCACCGUGAACGCAUGAUUAAAUUCUGCCUUGAUGACAAAAAUUUUGGGGACGCGAACUCUUCCAAAGUGCAGUGCUCAAGAUCUUGCCCUAUUCUGCUUUUGAAAAAUGAUACGAAGGAAUUAUCCACAGGAUGGUCUGUUAUACUUCCCUUAAGUUGGGUUAAAGCCUUCUGGAUUCCACUCAUCACUAAUGGAGCACAGGCAAUAGGUUUGCGAGAAAAGCAGUGGAUUGCAUCUGAUACGGGGAUACCAAUUUUCCCUCAAGAUUUCCCAGAUUGCAAGGCAUACUCAUGCUUCAUGGCUGCUAAAGCUGCCGAAUGUAAUGAAAAAGAAGAACUUCGUCCUCCUUAUGUAAGGAAUUUGAGAGUUCCAAUCCUGCCUCCAUGGGGUAUUGUUCACGCUACUUUCAACAAAGAGUUUAGCACAAUGGAGACUCCAGACCUUUCAGCCAGGGAAGAUUUGACCAAUGCUAAUUCGGUGUCAAACUCUUGCUCUGGCAACUUUGAAAUUUCAAAUUUCGACUCUGAGAAUUCAUUUGAUGGAACUGUAGCAAGGACAGAUCAUGUGUUGACUACUUUACUCGAUGAAACAAAAACUGGCCCAUUGCUGUUAUUUCCUUAUGCAGCAGAUGGAAAGGCCAGAAUCUCUAAGUUUAUUAAGGGAGAACUAAUGCUCGAUAUGAGGCAUAAAAGUUCUGUCAUUUAUGACCGUAAGCUAUGUUUUAUAAGAGUUCAUCUUCAGCCAUUCAAGGAAGGCUUUUUUGAAGAGGGUGCAGUUAUUUGUGCACCACAUCCUUCUGAUAUAUCUUUAUGGACUUCAAGUUCAGUGAAAAGUGAAGUGGGACUUAAACUGUCUGAUUCUGCUAUGAAAUCAUAUUUCAAAGAGAAUUCCUCCGGUAAAUGGGAAAUGCAGAUACCAGACGAUUCAAUCGGCAGACAGUCUCACCGGUGGCCUAUUGGCUUCAUCACGUCAGGUUGUGUUCAAGGAAGCAAGAGGCUUUCAGCAGAGGGAUUUUGUGAGGCCGUUUUACUAUCUCAUUUAAGAGAGGAACAAUGGAAGGAGAUGCUCGUGAAGCAGAGGAGAAGCGAAAUAUACGUACUUGUCAGGAAUUUAAAAUCUGUUGCAUAUAGGCUAGCUCUUGCUUCUAUUGUCCUAGAAUAUCAGGAAAAUGACAUUGAAUUCUUGUAAAUUGAUUAUGUUUCAUUGCCACAAAUAGGGCCAAAUUGGUCAAUAUUCCUUAUCAGAUAAAAGGAAGUCAACAACAUAGAGAAAAAUAGCUUACUUUGAUUUUUAUAAAUAUUUGUACAAUCAAAACAUUUGAAUUUAUAUAUAAAAAAACAUUUGAAGUUA